UACAUACAUGAAGUAAAAAUAUCCAAAUUCAUUAAAUCCAGGAGGUGAAUAUCAAGAUUAUUUAAAAAACCACUGACAAGAUGUAAACGUGGGAACAUUUUCAACUUUAAAGGACGACUCGAUUCUGUAUAUCUUUCCAAAAUGUUUGCAUACGUUGAAACAACACAGACUCAACAGAUUCUGGAUUAACAGCUGGGCAAAGUGGAGACUUCGAGGGGCCCCAGGAGCUCCUGAUUCACUGCAUGUCAGUCAGUGUUAGUAAUUUGAUUGAGUGCAAAUUUUUUAAGGAAUUUGGUCUUAAUUUUUUAAUCGUUUUAUUUUAUACUGUUCUGUCAUGAUACACAUAUCACUAAUAAAAGUGUGUAUUAUUCCAGUUUAUGUCUCUGUGCAGUAGACCUCUAUUGUUCUCCACAAACUGUUAAAACCACAUCAAAGAGCCGCACAGUCGCACCGGCUGACAUGUUGCUUCAUUAUGAUGAACACAGACACUGUGGUUUAUACUGAACUGACUCUACUUACUAUCCUACUGCUGAAAAUUCUCACUGGUGCACCGAAUCUGGGGCAGAAAAAUCUCCAACAAAUACACGAUUUUACUCCUGUUAGAGUAAAGUUUGCUAAAAACUACAGUAGCCAGUUGUUUGAGGAAAUUACUCCUGUUGUCUUUUCAACAACAACAAAAAAAAAACUAGACAAGUUUUUCAAGGCUGAGUGCCACAGACAGGGAAGGGGGGGUUGAAAAAUAGUAAGAGAUGGGUUAAGGUGUUGUUGGUUUUAGAUCUUUUCAUGGGAUUUGUUGACAAUAACAAAAAAAUGUAGACUUUCACCAGCCUUAUCUUUAAAUGAAGGGUACAUUGCUACAGGGUAUAUUGCAUAGAUAAGCAGUAAGAGGAGAGUUGGGGCCCAGCAGCAAAUUUUUGCCUGGGGGCCCCCCUAACAGGUUAUUUCAGUCAUGGUUUCUGUCCAAAAGAACAGAAAACACAAGGAUCCAUCUCAAACUGAAAUUUAAGCACAGUUUAUAAUUAUGAGCACACUUAAACUGUGUCAACAGGUGGUCAUUAGAGCCUGUAACCAGAUCAGCUGUGUCCGGGUGGCUAGCUGAGAGAGCCAAUCAUCUAGCUUCUGUCAAGGAUUUGAUGUUUGAGUGUGUGCUGGUGCCAUUAUAGAAAAGUGCAGAAUUCAGCAUUUUCCUGAACAGACAAUGAAAGGCAUCAAAUGAAAGCUGUCGAUAGUGAAACCGAGAUGAAGCUGUUAAUGGAUGUCUGGACACACACACCAUGUGGUCUGUGCAUCCUACUGGCUGUCCUUCACUCAGACACUUUAUAAAGGUCAUAAUAGUACUGAUAGUGUUGUUAUUAUCGCCUGUUGUGACAGAGGCGGGUUUAGGAUCGGGGCACACGCUGAUUGGACGGGAUGACUCCCCCCGUGUCACGAUGCUUCCGUUUUGUGCGUACGCGCAUGCGCAGCGACCCCUCUCUUCUGAUAUUUUAUUUACUCCCGAAACCCAAGAUGGCUCCUGUGAAUGUCUCGGUCCCAUAGCAAAUUGAGGAUGCAAGUAGCUGCCGAAAAAACAACUUUUCCCCGACCGUCGCAUCCCCUGGAGUUCAUUUCGUAUGGUGCGGAGGAGGCCCUUACAUCCGUGUAGGCACUGAGCAGCCGUCGGGGCUUCGCGAAACCUUCUUCAAGCCACCAAUUUGGAGUAGUUUCGCGAAGUAGCUCUUCUCCUCGCUGUCGCUGUCUGUCCGGAGCGAGGUUCAGGCAGGCAGCUCAUCCAAAUGGCCGAGCCGAGAAAAGUGCAAUUUGUCACCCUCUCGGCCUUCGCAGCUGGAGCAGCCGCGGAGUCCAGGAAACGCCGGCUGGAGGAUGAGGCCGACUUCAACUUCGGCAGAGCCGGGGAGGUGGAGGCAACGGCGGCGACCGGGGCAGGAGCUGCCGCUGCUGCCAGCAACGGUCGCCUCGGCAAAACCGGCGACAGGGACAAGACCGGAGCCGAGAGGAGGACGACGGUGCGGCUGAACCUGCCCCUGUCCGAGCCCGACGACCGCUCCUCCGCCGAGUUUAAUUACGGCGAACUCAUCCACAACCUCCAGGCAAAGAAUAAACCUCCAAGUCUGACUUCAGCCCCGAAUCCCAACGACCCCUUCAACGAUGAUGAGAGAGAGCGGCUCCAGGUUGAAGCUCUGGCAAAGAAGUUUGAAAAUAAAUAUGGCAACACAGGGAAGAAGAAGAAGGACAGAAUGCAAGAUUUGAUUGAUAUAGGCUUCGGAUAUGAUGAGACAGACCCCUUUAUUGACAACUCGGAAGCUUAUGAUGAGCUGGUGCCUGCCUCUCUCACCACAAAGCUGGGGGGAUUUUACAUCAACACCGGCACGCUGCAGUUCAGAGCGGCCUCCGACUCCGAGGGAGAGGAAGACAAGAAGCUGAAUGACAACAUGGGGCAGGUGAUAAAGAAGAGGAAAAAGAAGGAGGUGAACAACCUGGAAGAGAAGAACCCGAAGAAGAACAGAGUACCUAAACAAGGAGUGACAGCUCUCAACCUCCACCGACCGGAGAAGAAGAAGAGGAAGAAGCUGAUGAAGGACUCGCUGUACUUGGCGGCCAUGCUCCGCCGCUUCACCCGGGAGAAGGAGGAGAUGAGGAAAAGAAACCCCACCGUGGCUCACUCGGGCCUGGCGGGAGGCGUGGCUAACAAGCCAAGCCACUCCGCCAACUCUACAAACCACCUGUUAGCCUCUAACUCCACCCACCCGCAGGGCAACGCGGCCAGCAACGACCUCUCGCUGGCAGACCUCACCUCGGACCCCGCCGUGAUGUCGCUGCUGGGCUCGGCCAACGAGAAGGAGCUUCAGGAUCUCCUAGGCGACCUGGACUUCAGCAUGUUGGACACCGACCAGCAGCACGCUAUGGCGGCGGCCAGAGAGAACGGCAUUCUGGGAGUCGGCGUUCCGACUCUCAAAACAGCGGCAGCAGCAGCAGGAGGAGGAGGAGGAGGAGGAGGAGGAGGAGGAGGUGGCCCGGGGCGAGGCCUGGGAUCUUCUGGUGGACUCUUCUCUCCUCCUCCGCUGCCUGGCGGUCUGCCUGCUCCUCUUAUUAAACGCAUCGAGGACCUGCGGGCGGCCUCGCGGCAGUUUGAUCAGGAGGGCAGGAAGAAAUUUUUCACCCUGGACAUGAAUAACAUUCUCCUGGAUAUCGAGCUGCAGGUCCAGGAACAACCUCCUGAGGUGCGUUCAGACAUCUACUCGCACAUGGAGGCGUUCGUGCCGUGCAACAAAGAAGCCCUCCUCAAACGGCUGAAGAAGCUCAGCCUCAACAUCCAGGAUGACAGACUGCGGACGCCGCUGUUGAAGCUGAAGCUGGCGGUGUGCAGCGUGAUGCCAGAGCAGAUAGCCAGAUAUAACAUGGACUGCAUGGCUAAGGUUGCAAAGCAGCAGUCAGAGGAGGGCGAUAAGAUCGGCUCAGAGGAGGAGGAGGAGGAGAAACCGGGGAAAAGGGUGAUGGGCCCGCGGAAGAAGUUUGUCUGGGAUGACAAGCUCAGGAACCUGCUGUGCAGCUUGGUGCGAGUGAAGCUGAGCGGCUACGAGAUGGAGAACCAGGGCUCUCUGUCUGUGGAGGACUACCUCAAGGCCUUCUUAGAGAAUGAGGUCAAACCACUAUGGCCCAAGGGCUGGAUGCAGGCCAGGAUUCUGUUCAAGGAGAGUCUCGCCGUUCACAGUCACCUCACUGGAAACCUAGUCAAGAGGAGAAUGGUGCCCGGACCCAAGGCCAAAGCCAAGGAGGGUCCGUGGAUCCAAAAGCCACCUCUCACCAUGACCUCCACCCCAUCCCUGCCCACCUCCACAUCCGUUCUGACCUCCAACCGCCAGCCCCUCUCCUCCUCCUUGCCCUCGGAGCCCAUCUGUCUGUCGGACUCUCUGGACGAGGAUCUGACCGCUCCCUCUCUGGACUCCAUCUCCCACGCCCUGGCCCUCCUCAGCAACGCAUCCAAGGGCUCGGGACCCUCAGACAGCCCCUUGUCGCCUCCACCCCUGCAAAUCCCCACCUCCUCUCCUCCCCCCGUCACCCCUCACUACCCCUCAGCCUCUCAGCUCUCUGUCUCGGUCACAUCCACAACACAGCAACAUUCCCUGUCUAAGGUGGAGGCCGCCACUGGGAAUUUGCCAACAACAACAACGCUACUGACCUCCUCUUCUACCUCCUCUUCUACCUCCUCUUCCUCGUCUCCCGCUGUAUCCUCCAUGGCUCGUGUGCAGGCAGCAGGCCUGUCGCUGGCCUCCAGGACUGCAGAUGGUCCCUACGGCCUGAUCAAAGGAUCCGGCGCCUUGGGCCAAACCCAGAAUCAGAGACAUGUUACCAUGGCAUCACCCAAUCACAGGCCGAGCUCAAUAAUGGGCGUAAGUGGCAAGAUGCAUCCGCACCCUUCCCCGUCACCUCCGAAGCAGCGGCCUCCUCCCACAGCUUCCCCUCUGCUGCCCCCCCAUCAGAAGGGCUUUGUUAGCCCCGUGGGGAUGCUGGGAACUAUGGGAGGACUGGCCAAGAGCAGUGCCAAAGCCAGCGGCAUCAGCAGCAACGGCAGCGCCGUGAGCAGCGGCAUCACACCUUCUUCCUCCCCAUCCUCCUUGUCCCGCUCCAACUCUACCUCCCACCCCGGCCUGCAGUCCUUCUGCCCCCCCUCCCCAGUGGCCUCCUCGCCAUCCCCCACCUCCCACACCUCCCACACCUCACACUCCUCUCAAAGUAAAUCCCACACACACCACCACCAGCCCAACUUCAUCACACCCAUGCAGGCCACCCUCACCAAGUCCUCCCACAGCAGCAACGCCUCCCCCAUCAUAAAACUCACCCCUCGGCCUCCGGCGCCCACCCCACCUCCCUCCUCCUCCCCCUCCCCGUCCUCUUCACCUUCACAUCCGCUCUCCCAUCAGAUGAUCCCCAGCCAACAGCAACAACACCAGUACUCCCCCAAAACCCCCAAAACCUUCCGGCCCCCGUUCAGCGUGUCGAGCGGCGGGCAGGUGAAGCAGACGCAGGGCAGCUUCAGCUUCGCCGGAGGCCAGAAAGCUCAGUCGACCACGAGCAACAGUAGCAUCAACAACAACUCCAACAGCAACAUCAAGGCUGUCUGCAGUCUCCCAGACAAAACGCCCCCGUCUUCAGUCUCAGCCAAUCACGGGCAGAGGCAGAGGGUCGUGGGCGGGGCCAACCAGAACUCAAAGGCAGGAAACGGUUGGGCGGCUUCAGGAACUUUGGCCACGUCCUCCACAACGUCACACCUCUCACAGGUAUCAACAGCAGGCACUCCGCUCCUGGGCAGCCCCUCCGCUCUGCCCCUGGGCUUCGGGAUGUUGGGAGGCCUGGUGCCCGUCUCGCUGCCCUUCCAGUUCCCACCGUUACUCAAUUUCAGCCCUCCCGGAGCCCCAGGGGCCGCUGGCAUGGGCUCAGCCCCCAGCUCCAACUCAGGAUACCCCCUAGCACAGAGCGACCUAAUAGAUCUGUAUAAGAGUCUCCAGUCAGGGUCGCAGGCUGCCCUACCUCCUCACUUGCAGCUUGCUUUCUCAGAUGCGAACCAAAGCCAGAGUGGAGACAUGAAGAGGAAAACCCACUGACCAAUAAACGGCGCACAGGAGGCCGGCAGACACCAGCUGGGGGUGUGGGGGUGGGGUGACGUCACAGCCUCCUGGAACACAUCCACCAAUAGGAAUCUUCACUUUGAUCGACUGACGCGGCGUGAAGGAGGGGAGGAGGAGGUGGGGGGGGCGGGGCUCCACCGCCUCUUUUUUUAAACGGACCUAAAGGAGAGUCGGUUUAUCCUCGCAGUGGCAAUGAUGAAUUAAUUUAAGUGUGUUUUCUAACGAAUCGGGUAUGAGAACAAGACGGAGUGGAUGACGAGAACACUUAUUUUUGUUCGGCUUAUUUUUAUUUUCGUCAACAUGUUUACAUAUGACCGACCUUGAUCACUGUGGAAUGAGUGUGAGCGAGGUGGUGGUACAGAUGAGAGUAGUAGUACGCUACGUAAUAUAAUUUGUAUUUAAGCUUAUGUGGAAUAACAGGACUCUUGUUCUUGCAGUACAAAAAGAAAAAAAAAAAAAAAGAAGAAAAACAGACUGAAUAAUGAAUUUUUAUUUUUCUGUCUUUUGUCUCAGAUGUGGGAAUCGUCGUGUCCGUAGAAUUUUAUUGUUGGUCACCUCUGCUCCCACUAAUGACUGUUAAGUAGUAGCUUAAAUGAAUAUUGAUAAAUUAUUUGUAAUUUACACAGGGACAAAAACAUGUUAUGGUGUGUGUGUGUGUGUGUGUGAGUGAGAGAGAGAAAGAGAGAGAGAGAGAGAGAGAGCGGUGAGGAUGAUUUUGAAUGUGUGUAUGUACAUAAAAAAAAAAAACACAAUAUACUGUUAAUUUCUUUCCAGAUUAUUCUGUAUGAAUGGGUUAUAUCCCCUUCUCACAAUAAUGAGCGAGUGUAAGUUUGAUGCCCCUCUCUCGCUCAGUGUGUUUUUGGUGCUGUUUCAUCACACUGGACCUUUUCUGGAAAAAAGACUUGAAUUGAAAAAGUUUUGGGCUCCACUUCCGGCGAGAGGAGCCGCCUGUGAGAGAGGGGAGAAACGUCAAGAUUGUAGCCUACUUGAAUUGUUUUUUUUUUUGUUUUUUUUGUUUUGUGAUUUAAGAUUUUUUUAUUUACCUUCUCUGCUUAUUGACUCGAACCAACUUAAUAUAACACAACGCCUUAGUUUGUAUUGAAAAAGUAUGAAAAAGAUCUAUGCAGGACUGUAAAACGCUCAAAAUGCAAAAGUGCAAGUCGUCGCUUGGCUUUCAACUUCUACUCAACUUGUCAGUGCAUUUCUGGAGUUGUGAAUGUUUGUAGAUGUUUAUUAUGUCACUCGAGACUCCUUUUUUUCUCUCCCGGUCUUAGAGAUACCUUCCCUCUGCUGAAUACCUCUGUUAACAAAAAAAAAAAAACGUUCUUCCUGAGUCUCUCGCUGGCCUCCCCGACUAGACCCCCCCCCCCCCUGCCCUCCUCCAUGUGUGUCUGACUGACCGGCUGCACCGAGAACGACGCCAAAGAUUGUUCUGUAGCUCACUAAGAUGGGGUGCACUGGUCAGAGUGAGUGUGAGUGAGCGUGAGUGUGUGAGAGAGAAAUUACUCUGACAUUUGACCUAAAAUGUAAACCCAUGAGUGUCAACGUGUGUGGUCCUGCGGGAUGUCAUUGUGAAGUCAUGUGACUGGAGCAGUGGGUGACAUCUUAUAAAUUGUGCUUUCUUUUUUGGGGUGGGGGGGGGGGAGGAUAAAAAUGAUGACAUUUCGUGGUUAACUGGUUACUUAAUUUGGUCUUUUUGUAGAUUAUUUUUGUGUGUCAAAUUAAACAAAACAGGUGGUUUUCA